AGAAAAGUCAAGAGUGGGAGCGCAACGCACCUCGCGGUGACCAGGGUUCGACGAUGGAUCCGCAUGAUGCAGCGGACUCCCCAAUUAGAGUGGAGAUGAUGAAAGCCACAAGUGGGCGGCUUGUAUGGUGCAUAUGGGUAGUGAUAUUUGGUUUGCUUGGCCAUGAAGGGAUGGGUAGUUUGAGUGGCUACGUAAACAAGCUAAAGAUAUGUGACCAAAUGGAGGCGACCGAGCCAGCAGAAUCCAGAAGUGGUAGUCUCAUGGUAUGGUUAGUUCAAGCCAGACGA